AUGGAUACUGCUAAUGAGGUCGCUCAAUCCUUACCACUUGACGUCGUGGCUCACAAUGCCACCGUGAUACUGAGCGGUGUGCUUCUAGGAGCACUGCUUGCGUUUGUUGCUUCUCACCUGGGCUGGCUGCGCCACCAUGUCCACCUGAACGAUCGGUUGGUCAACGCAAUCUUUCCACUGGGGCCGCAAUUCUGCUUCUUUACAUUACCUUUGUGGUUUAUUGUGACAGUACCUCUUGUUUUGCGAUUUUCCGGUAUGCAUAUAUAA